AUGCAAUGGCCAGGGCCAGAAGACUCCUUCCUGGACAGGGUAGAGCGACAGAAACAGGAAGCACCAUCUGGAAAAAGAAUAAUGGGAAAUUGUACAAAUGAGCUGUGCAAAGAAAUGCCCUAUGAAGAGAGCCAGACACUUCUGGUUACUGUUUACAGCAUUGUUUUUGCCAUAGGCCUUCCAGCAAAUUGCUUAACUUCCCUGCUUACAUUUGUACAGAUCCAAAGGAAUAAAGUAAUUGCCAUCUACAUUUUCAGUUUAUCAUUGAGUGAGCUGAUGUAUUUAAGUACCUUGCCUCUCUGGAUUGUCUAUGUGCAAAAUGACCACAAGUGGAACAUGGGUGAAAAAGCUUGCAAAGUAACAGCAUUCAUCUUUUUCUGCAACAUAUACAUCAGCAUUCUGCUUUUGUGCUGCAUUUCUGUGGAUCGUUAUGUGGCACUGGUGUAUGCUCUGGAGUCAAGAGGGAGAAGAGGACAAAAAAAGGCAAUCAUAAUAGUGUCUUGUCUCUUUGCUGUGGUUGCAAUAAUCCACAUUCCAAUAUUUAAUAUGGACAAUAAUCACAACACCUGUUUCGAGACAUUGCCCCUUAACAACUAUUUGGCUUCUUUAAGCCUUGCCAGAUUCCUAUUUGGACUUGCCAUACCUUUCACAAUCCUCAUUUUCACAAACUACAAGAUUUUCCAAAGUACAAAAACGAGCAGCAGCUUGACUUGUCGCCAAAAAGCCAAAGUGAAGUAUCUGGCUAUCAGCAUUGUUGCCAUUUUCCUGAUCUGCUUUGCUCCCUACCAUGUGGUACUCAUAAUAAGAUCCAUAUACUUUUUGCUCCAUGAAAAGUGCUCGUGCCCAUUCGAACAAGUUAUCUAUACAACUUUUACAGUCUUCCUGUGUUUAACCACUGCAAACAGCAUUGCUGAUCCAAUCAUCUAUGUGCUGGUUAGUGAAAACGUCAGGAAAGACUUUUAUAGGGGUCUCAGAAGAUGGAGACUUAACUCAUCCAGGCUGAAUUCAUCCAUUAAUCACAAGACUGACAGUUUAAAAUUGAAAACGUCAAAAGAAUCACAGGAAGGAGGGCUAAGAGAAGAAAACCAAGAAAUACCAGCUGCAUCUGACAUUCAAAAGACCUGCAACAGUGGCAAAGACCAAGAAGACAGUAGCUAA